AUGCCUCAGUCUGAGGGCCCUGGGGUCUCUGAGGAGGGAGCCACCCCUGCCGGGACCCAGAGGACAGACUGUGUCAUCUGCUACUCAGCCUUUGACCUGGCUGGACACCUGCCCCGCCGCCUCUACUGUGGCCACACCUUCUGUCAGGCGUGUGUCCGGCGGCUGGACGCACCAGUGCAUGAGCAGCGCUGGAUCCCCUGCCCACAGUGCCGUCAGAGCACACCCACGCCUCGGGGAGGGGUGGCCAUGCUGGACCUCGACCUGGGCGCCUUCCUGGCUGUCAAGGCUGAGAAGGAGCUGGCUCCAGGGGUGUCCCGGCCACCCAGGCUACCCAAAGAGGGCACUGUCAUCACCCAGCAGCCUGCCAACUUCUGCCCUACCCUUGGCCCUCAAUCCCACUUCUCUCAGGCCAGACCCUGCUGCUGGGGCUGCAGCGUGUGCUGGGACCUCCCAGGUGGCCCCGACGUCUGA